ACGACGCGGCCACGCCGCUAUGGGAAAAAUGUUGUUUUCGUUGUAAUGUUGUUGUUGUUUGCACGGUUCAACGGUCAACAUGACCCGCGCGUUGAGAAGGCGGGGAUGGGGCGCAUGCGCACCACUUGUUUACAUCUAUAGGAAUACGCGCUGAUUAAUCGUCACACAGACACACACAUAAUAUACGCACACACCGAAUAACAACACACAGUGGUGGCGCUUACGUAUCCACAUGACUUUUCCGCGGAAAAUGUUUUCCAUUAACAACAACGACACGGUGAAUACAGCAGUAAUUACAGUGGCAUUAACCGUGUUCUCGAAAUCGUCCAAGCCGUCGGUGUGUUUCUCGUGCUUCGUCGUCGUCGUUUUUGUUGUUGUUGUUGUUGUUGUUGUUGUUAUCGUCGACGUGCCGCCGCAGUGGUCAGUGACAGAAAGGGUUUUCGCCGAUUUCCAAUGCGCCCCGUCCGCCGCCGUCGUCGCCGCAGCAGCAUGUUCCGAAUUAUCGUGCUAAACGCCGCCGUCGUACCGUGUUUCACCCGCAGUGUUCGUUGUUGUUGAAACGAUAUCGUCUGGUACGCGCGUGCUGUCGUAUCGUUUUUCUCUUUUAUUAUCGUCGUUUUCGACGCCCUCGUGCGCCGCGCACCGUGUAUGGAUACAAAAUUAUUAUUAGUACAUUUUUCUUACGAAACACGGUAAACAGCACGACCGGUGCAGAUUAGUAAUUCACACAUCAACAGAGUGUGAUAUUAUAUUUUUACGCGUUUUGUUCGCAUGCGAUACGCGAACCGUGCGUACCUAUGUCGCCGUGUGCCGUUGUGAUAUAGCUACUGCGACGCACGUUUUCGUGGCCGUGUAAGAGGCGGCGUGUGCGCGAAACUCGUAACAUUAUUAUUAUCACUAUUACCAUUAUUUUUGUAGUGUGCCAUGUGUGGCCACGUCGGUUCUAGUCAGUUCGUGUACGGUACAAUAUUAUUAUUAUAGUUCGGAAACGCGAAAACCCGAGUGUGCUGGGAUCCGCCGCACACGCGAAAGGAAAUACCAGCCGAGAAGUAGAUAUUCUAGCAAAAAUAUUAACCAAGUCAAUGCCUAGAAAUCUUGCCAAAAAUCUUUAAAGGAAAUAGGGUGUAACCAAGGGCCUGUCCAACCUGCAGAUCACACCCCAAGAAUGUCUUCCUCGAUGUCUUCAGUAUGCACCUUCUCCCCUCAAAACUCCAAGAAAUCAUUUAAAAUGAGCUUGUUAUUGGCCCAACUGACUGACCCACCUAAGCCUAGAAAUGCUAUGGCUGGUGUUGUUAAGAUUGGAUAUUUGAAAAAAAAUAAGAAUAUGAGAAAAAAGUUUUUUGUACUUCGUGAAGAGACUGCAGGUGGUGGACCUGCACGCCUCGAGUAUUAUGAAACUGAAAAAAAAUGGAGAAACAAUGCAAUGCCUAAAAAAGUAAUUGUGUUAAAGUCGUGCUUCAAUAUAGACAAACGCGUAGAUGCGCGUACUAAAAAGACACUGAUAUGUUUGUAUACCAAGGAAAGUUCCUUUUAUAUACAAUUCGAUACUGACAAAGAACGUGACGAGUGGUUGGACCUUAUGUUAGUUUUACAACGAGUUACUAAAGAUUUUGGACCUGGUGUUUCACUCAAAGAACCUUUCGAGCAUAUUUGGCACAUCUCUAUACUAAAAAAAGAGUUGGGAAUGAAUGCAAAUUUAAUAGGCAUGACUGGACUCUGUUUAUGUGACAAAAAAGUCAGCAUAAUGAAAUAUCCAACUAAAUCAAAAGAACAAAAAUCUAUGGAUAUAAUGUUGUCAAGUAUUCGUCGAUGUGGAGCUUUGGGUACAUUUUUUUACAUGGAAGUAGGACAAAGCUCUCCAUUAGGUUCUGGUCAUAUAUGGAUGGAUACAUGGAAUGAUGAUGUUGCAGCUAGUGUUCACGAAACUAUAAUGGGGGCAUCAAGUCGAAAUCAUGAUCUUAGAUUUAGAAUGAGAUCAUCAUCAUUUAAUGAAGGAUCACGACUAAUAAACUCCAAUAAAGAAAUAUAUCCAAUAAGACAGCGCUCUAGUUGUUUUUAUGAUGAGAAUUACCCUGGGCUUCGGUAUAAAAAUAAUAGUCAAAGUUCCUCAACUUUAAAUAAUGGAAAUGUUGAUUUAGCUCGUGCAGGAUCAGGUAGGGAGCGUUGUGAUAGCAUGCCAUUGCGACCACGCACUAUUAGUGAAAACACAACUUCAUCAACGCGUUGUUUCAAUGGAAUUUUAUCUCCAAAACAAACUUUCCACAAAGGUUGUAAUUGUGUUUCUGCAUCUUCGUCAUUAUCAGCGUUUAACGAUUCUAACUUGAGUACCUGGGAUUCGUCUCUAUCAAAAUCUACGGAUACCACAGAUGGAAUCUCUUCGUGUUAUACGAGUCUUAAUGACCACCGUUCUGCAAUACUUGAGGAAAAACAAGAAGAUUUUGUUCCUUACACUCCAUUGGACAAAGAAGAAGAUUCUUUGAGACAAACAAGUGACAGUAAUGUUAAUAAUAAUAUUAACUUAAUUAACAAUAAUAUUGUUGGUAAUAAAUCCAGUUCCUCUUCUCAGGCGGGUUCUUGUUGUGAUUCAAAUAGUCCAUAUGGCUCACCCAUCAAUGUAGAUGAUACGUAUAUUCCUUUUAAUCCUUCUGGUACGUCUGAAACGUCUCCACCACCAGAUGGAUAUCUUCCAAUGAAACCAGGAUAUACUUUUUCUAGUAACUGUUUAAAUGUUAUGCCAUUGGAAGGACAUAGUAAUUCUAAACAAGAACCAACUGAAAUGCCUCAAACAGAAUUUGAAUCACCUGAAGGCUAUGUUCCUAUGGCACCCGUUUGUAGAAUGUCUGAUUAUGUGUCUAUGGAUUGUAAGCAAGGAUCUAUUGAAUCUGGUACACCUUCUACAGACACUCGCUUUUCUGACAUUCAUCUGGAUAAAGUGUGUGCAUACCUUACGCCAUCUGAGGACGAAGGACCUAUUGAAAGGCCCACUCGAGCCUAUUCUGUUGGUUCCAGACCAGAUGGUUUGAGAGAGAAAAUUGACAAAAUUUAUGCUGAUCGAACAAGAACGCGUGCAUUUUCUGUUGGCAGCCGCGGUCGAUUACCCCCAACUGGGUUACCCCGGAAUGGAUAUCAAUCUGGUUCGACCAGUAUGUCUGAACAUAGUGAUAGUGGCGAUCGAAUGGAAAUAGAUUUUAGUUGUAAUUCAAAAUCUCGUCGUCAUUAUUCGGCAACAUUGCGCACCUUGUCUAAUCAGCCACCAGCAGAUUUAUCACCAAGGUCAUCACCUAAACUUUGUCCUUCUCCUGAUCCAUCAUGUACUCAUAGACCAACUGGUCGUUCCCCUCCAAAAUCUAUAGUGUCUUCCGUAGAUAUUAAAAGGACACUAUCUGGAGCUGUUCAUGGUAUUUCCAGAUCACCUCCAACAUCUUCACAUACGUAUUUGUCACCUACGUUGGAAAGAGUUUCAGAGGUGCCUGGUAUUGAGCUUGUUGAUAGCUACACACCAAUGAAACCGAGCCAAGGAUUAUUUCCCUGUGAAAACGCAAGUAUGGUGGUAGAAGAAUCAAAUAAAAAAAAUUAUGUAAAUGUGUGGGAAGCAGCAAGUAGUACGUUUCCACUCAUGAAAAUGAUUGGUGGUUUGAAUUGGAAAAAAAACAAAAAACGUAACACAGCUCUAGAACAACUUGUUCCCAUGGCUGAUGAAGGCAUUGAUGAAGUAGAUGGUUAUACGACUAUUAAGCCAGGUGCUCAUACAAUACCAGUACGAGAACAACAGAUCGGUCAGUCUUCUGAUGCCGUGUUAGAUGCCAUUUGUGAUGGACUUGCGGAUAUAGUAUUCUCAGACCCAUCUCAUAUUGUCACAUAUAAUUCUCAAAACCACUCUAAGUCAGAUAACUCUGUUACUUCGCUGGAUGGGUAAUUAUAUAAUUUGAUUGUAGUUUGUGUUGUAAUAUAAAUAAUAUUUUAAUUUAAACUCAUAUUUUGUAUACACUGGUAAAGAGGUUUAUCUCAGUGGCAAACACAAAUGUAUAUAAUUUUUUGUAUGUAUAAUUUUACUGUGUUGCUCUUUGUAUUUGAAUUAAAUAAAUAUUAAUAUUUAGGUAAAAGUAUAUGUUAAUAAUAUAUUUGGCAUCUAAAGUAUAACAUUUUAGGAGAAUUGUAUCCAGGGGUAAUUUUUCUAACGAUAUUUCAACUUUAAUGGAGAAUUUUUAUUGUAUUUAAUGUAUUUUAUUUUUUAGUGAAUAUGUUACCAAUUUAAACCAGUAUGAACUGAAACAUAAAUAUAAUUUUUGCCUUUUACGCUUUAAAUUUUUAAUAUAAAAAAAAUUGAUUAAUAUCAAUUGUUUAUUGUUAUUUAAAACACUAAGUUAUUAAUUUUUUAUUUGAUAUGUAAAAUAGCUAAUUUAAUCAUAUUUCAAUAUAUUAUGUUAAAGUAAAAAAGUAAAAAUAGUUUAACAUAGAGAGAACUAGGCUAAGGUAAUGUGUCCAUCAAAUGAAGAAAAUUCAAUAGUAAAGAAGUUAUAAGACUUCCUCCAUGUAGGGAAACAGUAGAAGUGGAAGGCCAAAGACAAACUGAAUGUGAAAAUGCAUGUUAUAACUUAAGAAUGUCUCCGUUAAUAGUGUUUGUGUAGAAUUUCUAGGAAAUGGCAUUUGUCAGAGAAACCUUAUGUUAAGUAGCUAACUCCAAUUAUGUGUUAGGUGAAGGUGAUACAAAAUAAUGGAAGGUAUAUUGUGUUGAACUACAAACAGUUACAUUAUCGGUAAAAAUUAAAUAUAAAAUAAUUUGUAUAAAUAUUUAUAUUAAUUUAAAUUAUAGUUAAACUUAAAUGUAUGUAUUUAUACAAAUAUAAAUAUAUAGAUGUAAAUAUAUGCAUGCAUGCGUGUAUGUAUGAGCAUUUAUUUUUAUUUGCAAAAAUAAAAAUCUCCUUAUGACCAGAAGUCAAUGAAUGCAAAUAAGACUGAAGAACCACUCUAGGAAUAUACCUAGCUAAUUACUGUAUUUAAUUUUACGUUCUCUAUAGGAUUUCUUUGACUUAAAAAUGUUCUCAUUUGAGCUGAUUUUUAAUUUGUUAGCUAACAAGAAAAUAAAAAUAUUUAAUAGGUAAUAAUAAUUAUAAAUUCAAUUGGUGUGUUUGUCUAUGUUUGUGUGUGUAUGUGUGUUAUGUUAAUUAAAAUGUAUUAAAUUAAUUGAUAAAUAAUAACACUAUUUAUAGUGUUUUUGGUUGACCGUUAAAACAAUUAUUACCUUACAUCACUAUUAUUUAGAAAAUUUAUUAAAAUGUAUUAAUCUGCCUUCUGAAUGUUACUUAAAAUCUGAUUGUCAUUAUUACAGAUUUAUGAUAAAUAAAUAUUUCCUAGAUCAAUUUUAAAUAUACUCCAAAAAGUAAAAAAUAAUUGUUUAUAGACCAAGAGAAAAAUUAUAAUAAUAUUUGAUUGUUGUUUUUGAAAUGAAAUAGGUGAGAAAGUUUGUUUUUCGUUCUUUAUUUGAGCGAUAUUCUUUACGAAAAUAAAGAUAUUUGCAUGAAGUAAUUAUAGAAUAAUGAAAAGUAAUUUUCUCAGAAAAAAAAUUAAAAUACAAAUAAUUUUUCUCACCGCCUGUAUUUAUUAUACACUCAGUACUGCCACUAUUGUAAGAAGACAAAGUUGUCUGCCCAUCUAACUAUUAAAAUUAAGUUCAAGUUUUGUAAUUUUUGUUCUAUAUUAUAUAUUGUAUAAUAUUAUGAUUCUAUUAAUGUGUGUUUAGUCUUAAAAUGUAGGUGAAGAUAUUAUUAGUAAAUAUUAAAUAAUAUUUAUUGUUUAC